GCCCAGUUUGCCCUUCGUGAUGCCCCGCCCUCCCGCCGGCCCUCGGGCCAGACCACCUCCUGCCGGCUAGCCACCCGUCUCCCUGCAGCCUAGUCCCGCACAUUCCGGAGCGCUCUUCAGCGCCUCCUAAAGCUCUCAGCGGAGCCCCCCCGGGCGGCCGCAGUUGAUGGAUGCCUGGAAGUUGACAUACAUAUAUAUUCAGAAAUGUUCUGCCACCUGAGACCUUGGAGGAGGUUCUGUCUAGAAAAGAUUCUGCCUCACUGGUUCCACUACUCAAGAGCUUUAUCAGGAGCAGAAGCAGUCAAUGCCUUGAGGCCUUUCUAUUUCGCAGUCCACCCAGAUUUCUUUGGACAGCAUCCCCGAGAAAGGGAAGUCAAUGAAAAUUCUCUUAAGAGAUUAAGUGUCUACUUAGAAAACCUCCAGAAACCAGGCUUCAAGUCUUUGAAACCAACUCCACUUACAUUUUAUGUAAGAGAAACAGACCAGAACCCCUCUGAUGGCCAGGAACCCUUUAGUUCUCCCGGAUUUCGAGCAGUCAAAUUUACUUUGCACACCAGAGAUCUUCUAAGCACAGUAUUAUAUAUUCUCAACUCCUGCAGUUUAUCUGUUGAACAUAUCCAAAGCAUGAACACUAAUGUGCAUUCCCAGCCUCUCAAAGAAACUAAAAGGAUGUCUGACAGGCCCAUCAAAUGGGACAAGUCUUACUACUCCUUUACUGGAUUCAAGGACCCUGAUGAAGACCUUGAACAAGUCUCGAGAAUAGAAACAACCCUAACGAUGAGGUCCCAGUUCUUAAUCCUGGCAUGCAAGAGCCUCUGUGGUCUGCUUCCUCCUGCCCUACUUCUUCAGUCUCAUCUCCUGACCCUAUGCAGAUCCUGGUUAGAUAACAAUGGGAAAAGUGCUAUUAAAAAGCUGAAGAAUAGUUUGCCCCUUAGAAAAGAACUGGAUCGUUUAAAAGAGGAGCUGUCCCAUCUCUUACAACUCUCAGAUAUUAGGUGGCAGAGGAGCUGGGGCAUUGCCCACCGCUGCAGCCAGCUGCAUAGUUUAGGCCGCCUAGCUCAGCAGAACUUGGAAACACUGCAGAAAGCAAAAGGAUGUACAGUCAUAUUUACAGACCGUUCUGGCAUGAGUGCAGUGGGCCAUGUGAUGCUGGGAACCAUGGAUGUCCAUCACCAUUGGACAAAACUUUUUGAAAGGUUGCCAAGUUAUUUUGACCUACAGAGGAAGCUGAUGCUUUUAGAAGAUCAAAUCAGCUGUCUGCUAGGUGGCAUACAGGUCAUUUAUAUCGAAGAAUUACAGCCAGUGUUGACACUUGAAGAAUAUUACUCCCUUCUCAACGUGUUCUAUAGUAGACUGUUGAAAAGCCGAGCACCUUUCCACCCUCAGAGUCUCCGUGGCUUACAAAUGAUCCUGAACAGUGACAGAUAUGCUCCAAGUUUGCAUGAACUCGGCCAUUUUAACAUCCCAGUACUCUGUGAUCCAGCAAAUCUCCAGUGGUUUAUUCACACCAGAGUGCAGCAGGCAAGAGAGAACAUGAAAAGAAAGGAGGAGUUAAAGGUUAUUGAAAAUGAAUUGAUACAGGCUUCAACAAAGAAAUUUUCUCUGGAGAAGUUAUAUAAGGAGCCCAGCAUUUCUAGUAUACAAAUGGUGGAUUGUUGUAAGAGACUUCUAGAACAGUCACUGCCUUAUCUACAUGGGAUGCACCUCUGCGUUUCACAUUUUUACUCUGUUAUGCAAGAUGGAGACCUUUGUAUUCCUUGGAAUUGGAAGAAUGGAGAAGCCAUAAAGUAACAGCAAUAUUUUUUUAAAGAGAUAAGAAACUGUUAAACUUAAUUUAAAUCCACAGUUUGAUAUGACACUAUCACUUAUGUAUUACAAGAACAAAGUUCCUAACUGCUGCUUUAAAAAUACACUUUUAAAAAUUAAUUUCUUCAGGGCUGGGGUUGUGGCUCAGUGGUAGCAUGCUCACUUAGCAUGCAUGAGGCACUGGGUUCGAUCCUCAGCACCACAUAAAAAUAAAGACAAUAAAGUCCAUCAACAACUAAAAAAAAUUUUUUUAAUUUUUUAAUUAAUUUCUUCAAGGAAACCUGUUUUUAAAAGAUUUUGUCCCCCAUUCUAUGAUGUUGAUUGACAAGACUAGGUAAAAUGAUAUUAGAGUGAAAGAAAAUAUUUUUAGUGAUAUAUAAUGAAGGAUUCUCUGAGUCAUAUAUUUUUAUAUGAGUGAAUAUUGGUUUGGGGCUGAACAAGUAUGUAUGUAAGUAUAAACAGGUCUCAUACCCAGUACAUCUCUGAAGUAUUGAAACCAUUACAUUAGCCCAACACUCAUCCUCAUAGUUCAUCUCAUGGAUAUAUACACACGUAUUUUCCAGUAACAGCCGGUUGCUAUCCAAAAUAGAUGACUGGUAGGUAGCAAAAAUUGGAUAACCAAAUUUUGCCUAAAAUAAAGAAUAGAAGGGAAAAAAACAAAUACAUAGUAUUGACAUUGUUCUUAAGAGUCUGAUAUCAGUUUAUUAAAAAUCUUCAUUGACAGAGUUUAGUUGUAACCUAAAUUUAUCCUACUCAUUAAAAUGUCAUAAACAUUGGAGCUGGGAUUAUAUAGCUCAGCAAGAGAGAAUGUGCUUAGCAUGCAUGAGUCCCUAGGUCCAAUCCCCAGAAAAAAUGAAAUGAAUAAAAUAUUGUAACUCUUGGUAACAUGAAACCAAAAAACGAUAUUUUUGAAUGAUUUAAAAAUUUCCUGGGCAAAGACUAUCCAGGAAAAUCCUUGCCAGCUUCCCAGAGGGUUCAAAGAAGCAGUGUCAAGUAUAAAGUAGUUCAGACCUUCCAGGUUUUCUCUCAAGCCCACCUUCCUGUUCCUGCGGGUGUUGGAAAUCCCCUCUUUAGCUCUGGCCGGGUUAAAACCUCUCUGAGUCACCUCUCAUUCUUAGAAAUAUAGCUUAAUCCCAAAGAGGUAUGAGUUAUGAUGUCUUCAGCAAAGAGACCAGUUCUAGAUUCUGUACCCCUCUCUGCAGAUUUCUUCUGAGAUUCCUUAACCAGAUCCAAAACCUCUCAGUUCAUUUCUCAAGAGAACAAGGUGAAUCCUGAUUGGGGAUUUAUGACCAUUUUUAUGACUCUUCUGCUGUAGAAAUCAGAAGAAUUAUUUUCCAUCGUGCAUUAGAACAAAAAGAUGUUAAAAUCAGUUCUUGAAGUAUGUUUUAAAUUUACAUAAAACAUCAAAUAUGGAAGCAGCUUCACAUUGCAAAUAUGUGUUCAAAAGAAGUGUUGGUUUGUAAUUAUUCAUUUGUGCAUAUCAUCCCUUUUAACUUGUGCCUGACAACUUAUAUUCAGAUUUUGUUUUCUAGUAAAAUAAGUGGUGUUGCCUGUAAACAUUUUCCAGAGCCAAAUAAUGGGAGUGAAAAAUUCCUCAAAGAUUAUAUAAGAUUUAUUGGAAAAUUAGGUUUCAAUUGUGCCAUUGCUAAAAUUAACUAAUAUAGAAUCUUCAAUACUAAUGUUUUGAAUUGGAUUUUGUCUCAGAACUCAUUAUUACAUAAUAAACAAUACCUACAUCAA